UUGACACGCGGACUCUCUCACCGGCUCCUCCUCACUGCAGAGCGGCCAGCACAAGCUCUGAGCCCCGCGUCUCGUGUCCUCACUCCGGCGGAUCUUCGCUCUCCGUGUGGCCGGCUCGUGUCGUCAUGCACCCGGCCGCGUGCAGCGCGAGCGCGGUGCUCGGGAUCUGGAUGUUGUGGAGCAGCGCAUCUGCAGGUCAGUCUGUGGUCCCCCAGGCGCAGAGCUCUGGCCGACCCUCCCCGCUGCCCCACAAGCUGCUCCCACUGCUGGGCCGAGGACUCAGCCUCAGUCCACACCUGGAGGCCCAUGGCGAGGGGGUCAGCUCUGGCCAGAACGUUGAGGAGACCCAGCCUGGUCCCUCUCCGACCCCCCAGCCUCUGACGCCUACGCUGGACACGCCGGCGCCCUCUGCAGCCGGGGCCCUCUGCUCGGGGAACUUCACUGACCCGGAGGGUUUCAUCGACUCGUCCGAAGAUGCCCCGGCGCCGGACGGCUCGUCCUUCCACUGCACCUACACCAUCACCGUCUACACUGGCUACGGAGUGGAGAUGCAGGUGAAGAGCGUGAACCUGUCGGAGGGCGAGCAGCUGUCCAUCAGGGGCGUGGACGAGCGUGGACUACAGCUGCUGCUGGCCAAUCACACGCUGCUGGUGGAGGGUCAGGUGAUCCGCAGUCCCACCAACUUGCUGUCCGUCUUCUACCGCAGCGCCGCAGACGGCAGCGUGGGCUCGUUCCUGCUCCACUACCAGAUCUUCAGGCUCAGCUGCUCGCUGCCCAAGAGGCCUCACUUUGGGGAGGUUCUGGUCCAGGACCUGCUGCCUGGAGGUGUGGCCCGCUUCCAUUGUCACAUGGGGUACCACCUGCAGGGGGCUCCACAGCUCACCUGCCUCAACGCUUCGCUGCCCGUGUGGAGUGGCAAAGAGCCAAGCUGCAGGGCUCUGUGUGGUGGGACGGUGAAGAACGCGUCGGUGGGUCGAGUCCUAUCUCCGUCUCCACACCGCGGGCCCAAUGCCACCCAGGAUCGGUCCUGUUCCUGGUCUGUGGAGGCGCCCAGAGACCAGAGGCUGCACCUGCACCUGGAGAGACUGGCCCUCGGACCCACCGACAGGCUGGUGUUGUGGAGUGGACUGGACGCCGGGUCCGUGGUUCUGUUCGACUCAGGCAGGGGCAGCCAGAUCCCCUUUGAGGGCGUGAUCAGCGAAGGACCAGCUGUGAGGAUUCAGUUCAUCACGGAGCAGCCCGACCACAACACUGGCUUCAACAUCCGCUACGAAGCGUUCGAGCGCGGCCACUGCUAUGAACCGUACCUGCAGAACGGCAACUUCUCCACCUCUGACGCCAUGUAUGGUGUCGGCGCCGUGGUCCAGUUCACCUGUGACCAGGGCCACUCUCUGGAGCAGGGCCCACCUGUCAUCGAGUGCAUCAGCGCCAGAGACCCAUACUGGAACGACACCGAGCCCAUCUGUAAAGCUCAGUGCGGCGGGGACCUGACUGGACCCGGCGGCGUGAUUCUGUCUCCAAACUGGCCCGAGUGGUACGGCGAGGGCGAGGACUGCAGCUGGAGGAUUCAUGUGGCCGAGGACAAGCGUGUGCUGCUGGACGUGCAGCUGCUGAACAUCAGCGACAGCGACAUGCUCACCAUCACUGACGGAGACGAGGUCACCACUCGCAUCUUGGGACGCUACGUGGGAGGAAGCGGCCCCUUCAAGCUGUCGUCCACGACCCCCGACCUCACCGUGACCUUCCACUCCGACCCCGCCGGGCUGGUCUUUGGGAAGGGCGAGGGGUUCAUCAUCAACUACAUGGAAGUGUCCCGGAACGACUCGUGCCCGGAUCUGCCCGAGAUCCAGAACGGCUGGAAGACCAUGUCCCACGUGGCGCUGGUGCGUGGGGCCCGCAUCACGUACCAGUGCGACCCAGGGUACGACCUGGUGGGCCGCGAGACACUGGCCUGCCAGCUGGACCUGUCGUGGAGCUCGCAGCCGCCCUUCUGUGAGAAAAUCAUGUACUGCUCAGACCCGGGUCACGUGGACCACGCCUCCCGGACUCUCUCCGACCCCAAACUGCUGGUGGGAACGGUCAUUCAGUACAGCUGCAACCCCGGCUUCCUCCUGCAGGGCGGCGCCACCAUCACCUGCUAUGGCCGAGAGCCGGGGACGCCGGUGUGGACAUCCAGACUCCCCCACUGUGUCUCUGAGGACUCAGUCUCCUGUGAGAACCCGGGUCUGCCCGACAAUGGGUACCAGGUCCUGUCCAAGAGGCUGUACCUGCCUGGCGAGUCGCUCAGCUUCGUCUGUUACCAAGGUUACGAGCUGAUCGGCGAGGUGGCCAUCAAGUGCAUCCUGGGAAGCCCAUCGUUCUGGAGUGGGCCGCUUCCUCUGUGCCGCGCUGCGCACUGUUUUGGGAACCGAGCUCUGGAAGUUGCAGAGGCGACGACAGGCUCUCGGCUGGAGGGCGGGAACGUGGCGCUGGCGGUCUUCAUCCUGGUGCUGCUGCUGUCCGGGCUGCUGGGCGCCGUCUACGUCUACGUGACUCGCUGCCGGUACCACUCCAACCUGAGGCUGCCGCUCAUGUACCCGCACCCGUACCGACAGAUCACCGUGGAGACUGAGUUCGACAACCCGCUCUACGAAACAGGAGGGGACUCUCGUGAAUAUGAAGUGUCGAUAUGAGGACGCCGAAGCACCUUGAGCCUGCACCUGUCUGUCCGUCUGUGUCCAGCAGGGGGCACUGUAAAUACACCUCCAUGAUGUCCCGCCUCCUCCGUGACCUCCAGCCUCCCCCGGGUGCAGGAACAGUGUGGUGGACAGGAGAGCACAUGUUUGGUCAAAUCAGUUCCGUAGCUAUAAAUCUUCCCGUCGGACGAGAGCCAAGGCUCCAGGGGGCGCCGCUGUGCCGAACGACACGUGUGGAGGACUAUUAUUUUUUAUUACACAAACAUGAGCAACUUGUGCGGAGACUCGUGAUACAGGUCCGGGUCAAGUUCCCCGACGGGACCAUUCCCAGGCAGUGUGUGUGUGUUCACAGGUGUGUGCUUUUGUUGCAUGGCACGUAUCGGCAAGUGUGUGUCACUUCAACGAUAUUCUAGCCAGUCUGGUGGCUGGGCGGGGGGUCAUGUGACUGUGACGUCGGUCAACUGAACUCGGACCUGCGGGCGAGUGUACAUAGCCAGUGGAGCUAACAGAUUUAUUUUGAUGUUUUAAAUGUACAUUUUCACAAUAUGACCAAUUUCCCAAAAUAAACCUGAA